AUGCUCGGUGGAUUCCAAAUUAUUGCUGAAAAUGGAGUUCCAGGACCAUUUUCUCAAAAUGAAAAGGAAGAUAUCCUUUCGUCAUUCAAAGAUAUUGACAAUCCCAUUCAUUAUGCAUUUCGAACAGAUUCAAGGAUAGAUAAGCAAACAAGGCGAGGUGAUAUUUGCGUUUUAUCACCGCAUUACAUAGCAUUAUUUUCGCAUGGAAAUAAAAAACAAUUAAUUAAGCAUAGUGUAUUUCAUAUUUCAAAAAUAAUAAUGAUGUGGUACUCUACUUCUCCUAUGUUUGUAGUUAUAAAAACUACCGAAGAAAAAGUUACAUUAACAGGACUUGGAUGCCUUAAGUUUGCACAAUAUGUUUAUCGAAAUUUCAUGGUUUCAUAUCAAAAGCUUAAUAUUGAAGAUGUUUUUGAUCUUAGAUCUGAUGAUUAUACCCUUUUCCCCACAUUAAAUUUGCUUCUUUCUCCAACUCAAUUAUUCCAAUUCAUGUAUGCUGGAUAUGUUACAGCUAAAAAGGUUGGAUAUAGGCAUGAAGUUGUUCGCUACGUUCAUUCAAUGAUAUUAGCCGGCUUUAACGUAUACAAUUUAUCAGAAUUGCCUCUUGAUUUAAUUUCCAAUUUAGAUGGGAAUGGAUUCGAAUUUAUUUUCACAACUUUAAGGUUCACCCACUAUGGAGCUGGCAUUUGCUGCAUUGAUCAGAAUUGCCCUGAUAUUGUCAAAGCUUUGAAAGAUUCAGUUUCAAAAGGGAGCCCAUUUAAAUUCAUUCACUUAGAGAAUUGCUCAAUUUCAUCGGGAAUUAAAGAACUAUCUGAUACUAUUUCUGAGAAUGAAGAUAGUGAGCUUCAAUUCUGGUAUCUAGACUUCAGUAAUAAUGCAAUAAAAGAUAUUGAAUAUAUCGCUCCUAUUUUGGAGAAGCAGAAUUCGCCAGUACUUCAUAUUGGUUUAUCAAACUGCCAAAUUACAAAACAUAAACUGCAAAAUAUAUUUGAUACAAUGAAUUCUAAUAAUAAUCUCCAUUACAUUAAGGUAUUAAGGAUUAGUGAUGCCAUUUUUGAUUCUAAAACAAUAUCCUCAUUUUUACAAUGUUUGGAUUUUAACAAACAACUUGUUUCAUUAGAUAUUGGAGGAAAUUAUACAGAAAGAACCAAAAUCAUGAAUUUUUUUAUUGAAUCAAAAAUAAAUUUACAAGAGCUUUAUAUUUCUAACUUUCAGAUGCCACCUGAAUGUGUUGAUUCCAUUAUUGAAUUUGCUAAGCAUUCAAAUGCAUUGCUUCUUCUUGAUAUUUCCUUGACUGAUUAUCCAUUUGAAAAACUGAAAGAACUUGUUUCAGCAAUUCAAGAUAAUGCAAAUUUAGAAAGAUUUUCACUUAUUUUGAAUGGUUUGCAUCUUAAUGGAAAGAAAUUAGUUAAUUUACUAUCAAUUAUGAUGUCUGCACCUGAUUUGAAAUGGAAAUCUCUCCAUUUUGACUUAAAUAAACUUACCCCAGAAGAUAUCGAAAACAUGUCUCCUUUCUUAAUGAACAUUGUUGGAUUAGAAGAAAUUUCACUAAACAACAAUUUCACUUUUGAAGAUAUUGGUUUGAAAACAUCUCUUGUUAAACUUUUAGAAAUACCUGGUUUGAAGUCAAUAUCAAUUCGAGGAGAUUUAAACCAUGAAAUAAGAAAUGAGCUUCUUCCUUUCAUAAAAGCUCUUCCAAAGUCAGCGAUAGAAUGCAUUGACAUCUCUAACAACAACAUAGGAGCUGAAACUUAUGCUUUUCUCUGCCACUCGAUUAAACACACGAAAACUCUUAAAAAAGUUAGAGUCGACGGUAGCCAACCGGAUUCAUUAGAUCAAAUAUCUAAUUUGGUUAAUGCUGCUGUUGCAAAUCAUUCGAUCAUUGACAUGACUUUCCCGAUUAAAGAUGCAAGACAUUUUGCUGUAAUUUCCUCUGAUAACAAUGAAAAAAGAGCAAUUAUAGAACGCUACAGCAAGAUUCAAAUGACUUUAUUGCAGUCAAUUUUGUUCAAUCGCUGCGAGAAUAAAAUAACAGAGCCAUUCCUCCCUAUUAAAAUUAAUCAAGAUAUUCAACCAUCACUACUUGAUGUAACACAAGAUUUUAAGAACUUUAUUCAUACUCAUUUCUCUGAUUUCAGAAUUCAUAAUGGAGCAUCAUCUUUAUUGAACUUACCACUUCCAUUUCAAAAUAAGGGGGAGCGACCAGAGAUGUCUACAUGCCCGACAGAAGUAAAUAAGAUGGAUUACUCUGAUAUUUAUGACUGUCCGUGCAUUGAAGUAUCGUAUUACGAGCCCGAUACACCAUUUUCAAUUCCUUUGCAAUCUCCAACAUAUAAUUCUGCCAAAACCUCAAUUGUUUCGUCAAAAAGAAGAAGAUUAAGCAGGACUUCUUCAAGUUCUGCUGAAAAGCAAAGUAAAGCUUCUGAGGAUAAAUUAGAGAAAGCAGCUGCUAUACAAAAGAAUCAAAAAGUUUAUAGAAAGAAAAUCAAUUACGAUGCUGACUCAUCAAGUAAUUAG